UUGCCGGGGGCUGGAUACCUUUCGGGAGGGCUGGAUUUCCCUGUAAUGGGGCUGGAUACCCUUGUAGCAGAGGGCUUGGUCCUGGUGGAGGGGCUGGAUCCCCUUGUAUGUAUGGGGUGCAUCUGCAGGAGCCAGAGGAGAGACUGGCUCCCCUUGCAGGGAUUGGAUCCCCUUGCGAUUUAUGGAGUGCACUUGCAGGAACCAGAGAGGGCUGGAUCCCCUUCUCAGGGGACUAGAUUCCAUUGCGGGGAUGGGGGGGGCUGCAUCCCCUUGCAGUGGGAUUGAUCCUGCUGCAGGGGCUGGAUCCCCUUGAAGGGGCUGGAUCCGGUUGUGGGUAUGGGAUGUACUUGCAGGAACCAGAGGAGGGCUGGAUCUCUGUGCAGGAGGGGCUGGAUCUCUUUGCAGGGGCUGGAUCCCGGUUAGGGGAAGCGGGGGGGAACUGGAUCGUGCUGUAUAUACGGGAUGCAUGUGCAGGAACCAGAGAAGGCUGGACCCCUUGUGAGGGGGCUGGAUUCCGUUCCGGGGGGGCUGGAUCCUGUUGCAGGGGCUGGAUCCCGUUUAGGGGGGAAUAGAUCCUAUUCAUCUGAGUGGCCCCCCCAAAACGCCAGCGAGGCCGAGGGGCGAGGCUUGCGGUGGGAGCCGGUGAGCGGAGACCCCCUGGGGGGGCCCAGCAACAGCUCCAGCGCCGGGGGGGCCGCGGCGGGACCCCAGCUGGAGCCCCCCGGGGUGGGCGCAGCCGCCACCACGGACGCGGCGGCGAUGCCGGAGGGGUGCGCGGGGUGCGCCGGCGAGGGUGACGCCAGCGCUCUGCCCCCCAGAACCGGCCCGGCGGAGGACGGCCAGGCCGCGGUCACCUGGCCCGGGGACGGGGCCGCGGUGGCGCUCGGCAGCCCCGAGGAGCCGGGGAGCGGCGAGAGGCCCACACAGGCCUCCCUGCGCAGCCCCGGGGGGUUCGGGGGUCUCACGGCCGCCCCGCCGAGCCCCCCCGGCGCGCAGCUCGCCACCGACUCGGCUGAAUCCGACCUGCUGCUGCUGGCCGCGGGCUCGGCCGCGCCGCGGACCCCGGUGCCGGGUGAGCCCAUCCCCCUGCCGGGAGCCACGGGGGACUCGGGGCGUCCCCCGGAGAUCCGGGCGGCCGCAUCCAGCCCGGCCCCGGCGCAAGGGGCUCGCGGCUGGACGGAUCUGACCUGGCUGCGGGAGCCCGUCACCGCCACCCCGCGCCCGGCCGAGCCGCCUGCCGACCGGACGGCCUCGGAGAUCAUCGACGUCGACUACUACGACCUGUUUGAAGGGGGCGAGGGACUGGGGGGCUUCCCCGGGGGCAGCCGGGGGGCGGCCGGCUCGGCACGGCAGCGGGAGCAGGAUGGGGCAGCCACGCCAUGGGCCCUCCAUGAGCUCUAUGACGACUUCACGCCCUUCGAUGAAGCUGAUUUCUACCCAACCACCUCCUUCUAUGCCGAUGGGGAUGAGGAGGAUGAGCUGGAGGAGGAUGAAGAGGAAGAGGAGGAGGAGGAAGACGGGCUGGAGGACGAGAAUGGAUACCGGCCACCCGCCUCAGCCGUGCCCGGUGCCCAGCCGGCACCGCGGGACCCCCGACCCACCGGCCGCCGCGACAUGGCCCCACCACAGCCCUCUGGUGUCGCGGGAGGCAACCCCACGGCGUGGCCGCGGCCCGGGGAGCGGGGCCAGCCGGAGAACGGCACCGAGUGCCGGAGCGGUUAUGUGCGGCACAACAGUUCCUGCCGCUCCGUCUGCGACCUCGUCCCCAGCUACUGCCACAACGGCGGCCAGUGCUACCUGGUGGAGAGCCACGGGGCCUUCUGCCGGUGCAACACGCAGGACUACACGUGGCACAAGGGCAUGCGUUGCGAGGCCAUCGUCACUGACUUCCAAGUGAUGUGUGUGGCCGUGGGCUCAGCCGCCCUCGUGGUGCUGCUGCUCUUCAUGCUCACUGUCUUCUUCGCCAAGAAGCUCUACCUGCUCAAGACGGAGAACAGCAAACUGCGCAAGACCAAAUACCGCACCCCGUCCGAGCUGCACAAUGACAACUUCUCCCUUUCCACCAUCGCCGAGGGCUCCCACCCAAACGAUGACCCCAGUGCUCCCCACAAGCUGCAGGACUCCCUGAAGUCCUGCCUGAAGGAUGAGGAGCCAUUUAACAUCCACAACUCGACGUCGCCCAAGCACGACGGCAGCAGCGGCAAAGGGGAGCAGGACAGCAGCGAGCUCAACUGUCUGCAGAACAACCUGACGUGAGCAGGGCAGGAGAAGGAGAAGGCGAGAGCGGGAGCCAGCCCUCCCGUCCCCCGCUGUACACAUCUCCUGUCUCCUCCCUGUCUGGUAUCUCAUUUUCCCGCUCCGUGGCAUGCUUUGAUGUGUUUUGUACAGAGGAAAACAAAAAUUAAUUAAUAAUAAUAAUAAUAAUAACAAAGCCAAAGGCUGCACAUGGCCUUUGGCCGCGUCGUGGGGGUGUUUGGUUCGUGCUCCGUGUAUCUCGCUUGGGUUAGUUCAGCGCUGUGAUUUCUAAACCUUUGCUGUCCUGCAACUGACUUUUUUUGUACUUUGCCCCACUUUUUUUGAAAUACAAGUAAAAACAACAAAAAAAAAAAAAAAGGGAAG